AUGGUCUGGGUGUUACACGGAACCGUCGACUGUAGAGCCGAGAGUAAGCGUCACUCCCCGGCUCGCGCUCGAUCAACUCAUCGGUCCCGAUUUUGACAUCUCGUGCUCACCCUCGCUUCUCUCCCGGACAACAGCUGCGCCUGAACUCAACUCGAUCCCACCUCGCUCGUCGCAUCUUCUCCGACCAGGGCGUACCUACCGUCUGGGUCGACUACCCAAUCAAGCUCAAAAAGUCAAGAACCGACUGCACGACUUUUACCUCAACUCGUCCAAGAUUUCAAAGUCGGGCACCUGGGAAACGACCAUCCCUUCGCUCUCGGACGGCGCAUCCUCUUGGGCGUACGAGGACGAUCCGACCAACCCCAACAACCUCGAUCCGUACCCCUUGGUCUUGAAAGGAAAGGUCCAGCACCGCGGAUCGGACGGCAAGCUCACGGCCAUCGAUGGCGAAAGCGUCAAUGUCAAAUCUGGUGACAGCUUCGCCUUUGGCGCCAUCUACGAGAUGACGUGAGUGGUGCGGGAAAAGCCGUGACGCCGAGAUUGGCAAGCGACACUGAACUCAUGGAUGGUCUCCGACUGCUCCGCUCACAGCUUUGAAUGGGUCCCCCUCAUCUUUGCGAUUUCUUCGGCCACGGUCGCCAAGAAAAGCAUUUACGCCGAUUUGGCUAAAUCAGUCGGUGAGUGCGAUCAGAAGCAGCUCUUGGCAAGUCCGGACUGAAUAAUCGAUAUACGCCACAGGCUUCAAGAUCGCCUACAAGACGUUCCGACCCCACCAUACCCAUUACCUCACCAAGAAGCUGACGCCCAACGCCUCGCUCAUGAGUGCGGCUCUUGUCGGAUCCCAUGUUGCCGAUCCAAGUUACCUCGACAAGUUAGCGGCCUGUACGACGUAUGCAACCCCUCCAGCUUUCAGAAUGCCUCCGCCUCGACCCCAAGGCGCCGACAAAGACUCGACGGUCGUACUCGCGUGGGAAGCCCAAGUCUACGAGGCGCAUCCGGACGCCGGAUCGGACCCCGAGCAUUGGUGGGGCAAGAGCAUCCUCGAAGCCGAUUGGUCCGUGUUGCCGAGUCCAAAGGAGUGUCCGUGCAACGUCGAUCCGCAAUUCCCGACGGGGACGACGGAGGGCUGGUCCCCGAACCCGCAGCGAAGGACGAUGUUUCGCGACGUCAUUGCCUUGCCUUUCCAGGAGGACGUGAGUAUCUUCGUCGCCACGACGAGUCUCAAGGAGUUUGGUCUGACUCGUUGUUUUCUUGCUCGUUUGUUCGUUUCGUUCCUGCUGCGCCCCAGCCCGAGGGUGAUCCAAGUGGCCUGCUCGAACUCGGUGGUGCUCAUCUCAUUUCACGCGACAUGCUGCCUCUCGAUCGACCCAUCUCAGCCCUUCGCCAUGCGAUCGACGACUACAAGCACGUCAAAGGCUUCGAGAAGGAUCUCCGGUUUGCCAUCAUACCUCCUGAAGGUUUCGAGCCCCUUCCGGCGCCGAAUGAACCAGCCAAAUUCAAGACGGUGCGCCAGCUGGCCCAAGCGUGAGUCCGCAUGGAUGUUUCGCCGAGAUAGAGGAAGGACUGAAGGUUUUUUGGUAUAACGUGUAGUCUUGGAGAAGCCAAGUUCGUUGGACAUCCGAUGAUCGACUUGCUGCAGGCCAUUUACGACGCCGACCCCACACAGCUCUUGGGACCUCUCGUGAUGGUACCUCCGACCCCGUCUCCUGAGGUCGAAGGGAGCCCAGUUGCUGGUGCGAGUCUCAGUCGUUUGACGGCGACAGCGAGUGAUCACAUACCUCUCCCUUCGAGUGAGCUCCAGUCCACCAUGGGGGAUCAAUCAGCACCGUCGACGGCUGCGGUGCAGACGCAGGCACCAGCGUCUGCAGAGGAAGCAGCUUCAGCGCCGGCUCCGACGGUCGUUCGUAGAGUAAGCAACCAGAGGUUUCCCUGGGUUCUCCUUUCGGUCAGCUGCUUUCUCAUCUACCACUUUGCAUCUCCUCGCAGCUCAAGCGACACAGACGUGACGCUCCAAGCAAACUGGAUGAGCUCUUCGGUCUCGACAAACCGUCCGCCGCCGAAGAGGAUGAACCCCCUUCGCAUGGCCAAGAGCCCGACCCACUUCCCUCUGUAUCCCUCCCCGCCGCUUCUACCGUGGAAAUUGACGUACCUUCAUCGUCUCAAACGGUCGGAGAGAGUACUUCCAAGCCCGCGCCAACGGCUCGAAGGUUUCUCAAGCGUCGAGCCGUGAGCGGUGAUCCACCCUCCAGUCUCUUCGAUGAAGUCGGCAGCUCCUCUUUGUCCGUUCCCGAGGCGAAAAGAACAAGGUACGAUUCCAUGACGAGGGAGGCAAGGUUGAGGAAGAUCCAGGAAGAGGAUGAUGCCGAGGCUGCCAAGGAAUUGGAGAGGAAGCGCGCGAGUAAAGUCAUUUCACCUGAUGAUGUGGAGGUGGUGGUGGAAGUGGUGACACCGAAAGCGGGACGCGGACGCAAGAGAUCAAUCGACCAGACCGCGGAACAGGGAGAUGGGAAGGAAGAUAAGGAAGAUAAGGAAGAUGACACCCCGAAGAAAGGGAAGGGCCGAGCCAAGACGGCUUCGAAACGAGCUCGAUCGGAGAGCGUACAACCGGCCGUCGUUGUGGACGAUGAAGAGGAGCAUCGACAGUCUACGGGCAAUGCAUCACCGCAUAAAUCACAGAGCACGAAGAAGAAGGGCAAAGGCAAGGCGUCGAACCAGGUUAUCGAUGAUGAAGCCGGGGUCGAGCAAGCCCCCGUACUGCUUCAGGUCUCGUCAAGACGGGGUAAAGGCAAAGCCGCGCUCAUGGAACAAGAGCUGAACGACGACUUCAACCGACUCAAGAUUGUCAAACCCAACUUCAAGAAGAUGAACGCCCCUGAGCGCCACCGUAUGACCUGGGACGAAAUCGACAGCAACGAAGAGCACAUGCGCCUUGUUCGGGAUGAUCAAGAACAGCGAGAGGAGCAAGAUGUCGACGACCCCAAUUUUUGGGCGGGAAAACCUCAUGGCAUGUUCGUCGUCAAAAAGGUUCACUUUCCGAGGCCGCAGACGCUCCAGCCACGAUUCGAAGAUACGGGUCAAUGGGCGGGGAGGGCGAACUUCAAAGCUUUCAAGGUGAGAAAGUCGACGCGCAGAGCCCGCGAAAGGGCCCUUUUUGACGAGUUCUGUGCAUUGGUUCUUCACUCGUAGCCCAAGGAAGCUCUGGGGACGGCAAAUGAACGAAGCGAGCCCCGACCUCCAAUCCGUCUCGCCCCCAUCAAACGCGCCGACUAUGGCAUCGGCAAAAGUAAGUUUCGCUAAACUAGGGCAUCUAGGCAUGUUUAUGAACUUACGAUCCCCCCCCCCCACCCACCCACGGUGUAGGCUACAAAACGAAAGGCAACCGCAAUCCCGGCAUGCUGGGUACUCAGUCGCAGACGCAAAGCCAAUCGCGUCAAGUCGACGAUGACGACGAUGACGACGAUGACGACGACGAAUUUGGCAUGGACAGUGAUGGCUUCCAGCCGAUGCUCAACUUUGGAUCAACCGCGAAGGCCAGGACCGCUGCGGCGACCAAGUCGACCAAGAGCAGUAGUACAAACAGCAAGAGCAAAGAUGGAAAAGAUAAAGGCAAAGGCAAAGGCAAGGCAAAGAUCUCACAAGUUUCCAUAGAAUCUGAUGAUGAUCCUUUCAGUUCGGACGACCUGCGCCCGAGUCGUGCCGUCAUCAGCGAUGUCGAAGAAGUGGACGAGAUGGACGUCGACGAUAGCGAUACCGCACCAUCGAGGUCGACUGCUAGCAAGAGGAGGGGCAGGUCGGCUCCCAGUCAAAGUGGAUCGAGUAUGACGGUGAAGCAGCCGAGCUUGUCGGCCGCAUCGACGACCACUCGCCAAUCUCGUGCUAAAGCUCCGGCUGUUCGAGCGUCGAGCAAGAUGGCCAUUACGGUGCUCACUGACGACAGCGAUGACAGUGACUCGGGGCUGACAUUCAAAGUAAGUGAUGAUUUUGGUGACUACUGAACACCCUUCUCAGGAAUAUAUGCUGAUCUACAGUAA